CGGGGUCGUGGUGGCGGUGGUGGACACUGUUGGACCACAGCAAUGCGUCCAGGAAUGUCUGAAGAGAUCACACCUGUGUAAAGCUGUGAACUACAGGAGAAGAGAUCUACUGUGCGAGAUGAUGUCGGAAGUGGAGGGAACGGAGGUGAACACCGACUAUAUCAGAAUAUACACCCCGCAAGACUUUGAUUCCCAGAAUGAAUGCAGUACCUGUCAGUCGAACCAGACAUGUGUCACGCUUAAGAGUAACAAGACUUACUGUGUGAAAGAUAACUAUGACCCGAUGGAUUGCGGAUCAAUUCGUGAUAUGUUUCCCGCGUUAUCCAGCGGAAAGUACAUCGUAAGUCUGAGAGGUUUGGGUCACGUGACUGUGUUCUGCGACAUGGAAACAGAUGGAGGCGGAUGGACGGUCUUUCAGCGUCGAAUGGAUGGUUCUGUAGACUUUUAUCGGAAUUGGACAGACUAUCGAAAUGGUUUCGGCAACUUGUCAUCCGAGUUUUGGUUAGGCAAUGAAAACCUCCACUACUUACUAAAGCAAGGGACGUACGGACUGAGAAUGGAUAUGGUUGAUUUCGCUGGAACCACAGGCUUCGCUAAGUACUCCAGUGUUAAAGUCAGCAAUGAAUCUUCAAAUUACACGGUGGAAGUUUCCGGAUAUUCAGGAAAUAUUGGUGAUUGUUUCACCGUUGCUAAUGAAGGAAAAAUUCAAAACAUGCAGUUCACGACAUAUGAUGUGGAUAAUGAUGGCAGUGCAGCGAAUUGUGCUGUUGUGUUUAAGGGUGGUUGGUGGUACAAUGACUGUUACUGUGCAAACCCGAACGGACUUCACUUGCCGGAAAAUACUACCACACCGCUUUUGGGCAUUCGCUACGGGUACUGGUCGACAACCAAUAAGCUCUUAAAAUCGAUCGAUCUCAUGGUGAAAAGAGUGUGAAAUGAUUUUGUUAUUUUUUCAAUUUAAUCAAGAAAAGAAAAACCUAUUGGUUUUAAUGAUACUAUGUGAACAUAUUUUAAUGAUAUCUAGAUUUCAAGUUUCCAAAAAUAGAUAUGAACAGAAAUGAUGUGAACGGUCAAAAGCGGAUGCUUACUCCUUGUGGACACCUGAUCCCCCAUCUGGUAUGUCCAUGGGUCCGCGUUUACCCCUCUUUUAAAUUUGUAAUCUUUAUAGGAGUUUUCAGAUUGACUACUGCUCGUUAUCUUUACGUCUUAAUGUAAAAAAAAAUGUAUAUGUCAUCAUAAUUUUUUUCUUCAAAAUACAACCUCUGUUGACCGUUCACCUCUGCCCUACAUCAGGUAAACAGAGUAAUUCAUAGUCCAAUGUUUUUGUUUUUGGUAGCUGUGCAUACUGUGAUGGAUUCAAAUUUUAGUUUAAAAAACACUACCAUGACCAAUAAUAUGGAAUCGUCAAAUCAUCAGGUCGUUAAUACUGAAGUAAACUUAAUGGAAUAAUUAUGAAGACAAACUACCACUGAAACUAAAGUACAAAAGGUAGGAUAAAACAGGAGCUGUAAAUAUUGAGAUCCUAAUUGUUUUCAUGGAAUUAUAAAAAUACGACUUUUCUCGACGAGAAUGAGGAAUAAACUGAACUAAUUAGGUGUUAUAUGGAAUGAAUGACUUGAAAUUGUGGGAUUCUAGAAAUACUGAGGAAGUAUUCUUUCUCUUUGUCUAUUUCUUCACAGGAGUUCUAUUCUUGUUUACAUUUUUGUAAUGUAGUUGUUUGAGUUUAGAGGGUCCUUUAAUUACAUGUACCAUGUAAAACAUUACUAGUUGAACUAUAUGCUAUGAAUCAAGUGUUUGAAAUAAAACAUGACACUAUACACAUGUUGGUGUUCUUUCUUUGUUAUUGGUUGGAUAUUUAUAUUCUGGUCAUUUUACCACGGAGCCUCUUUAUCAAAUUCAAAGCUUUUGCUUUUAUUUAUCAAUUACUAAUCCAUAUGUUUGUAAAUCCACAAAAAUACCAUGUACAAAUU